UGACCACUAUAAAUGUCAGCCGGGCCGGCGAAGGGUGGCCAGGAAAGGACAAAGGCAACUGCAGGGUAAGAGGAGUCACCUUCUAAGAUGGAGAAGUUCAAGGCUGCAAUGUUGUUGGCGAGUGUUGGUGAUGUCCUGGGCUAUGGAAACGUCUGCAGGGAGAACAGUGCUUUAGGCUCAAUCCAGGAGGAGCUGCAGAAGACAGGGGGACUGGACAGCCUUGUGCUCUCCCCUGGAAAAUGGCCCGUGAGUGACAACACCAUCAUGCACAUGGCAACUGCUGAGGCCCUCACCACAGACUACUGGUGCCUGGAUGACCUGUACCGUGAGAUGGUAAAGCGCUACGUGGAGACUGUGGAGAAGCUUACAGAACAUCGGCCGGACCCUUCCACGAUGGAGGGCUGCUCGCAGCUGAAGCCGGAUAACUACCUCCUCGCCUGGCAUACGCCCUUCAGUGAAAAGGGUUCAGGGUUUGGAGCUGCCACUAAAGCGAUGUGCAUUGGGAUGCGGUACUGGAAGCCAGAACGGCUGGAGACCCUCAUUGAAGUCAGCAUUGAGUGUGGCAGAAUGACCCACAACCAUCCCACAGGUUUCCUUGGGUCCCUGUGCACUGCUCUGUUCGCCUCUUACGCAGUACAAGGCAAGCCACUUGUACAGUGGGGAAGAGAUAUGCUGAAGGUGCUUCCGCUGGCUGAGGAGUAUUGUAGGAAGACCAUCCGGCACAUGGCAGAGUACCAAGAGCACUGGUUUUACUUUGAAGCAAAAUGGCAGUUUUAUCUGGAGGAGAGAAAAAUCAGCGAAGACACAGAGAACAAAGCCACCUUCCCCAGCAACUACGACGCAGAAGAGAGGGACAAGACAUACAAGAAGUGGAGCUCAGAAGGCCGAGGGGGGCGGCGCGGCCACGAUGCCCCCAUGAUUGCCUAUGAUGCCCUCCUUGCUGCCGAGAGCAACUGGACGGAGCUGUGCCAGCGGGCCAUGUUUCAUGGAGGUGAGAGCGGAGCCACAGGAACCAUCGCCGGCUGCCUGUUCGGGUUGCUGCACGGCCUGGCCACUGUUCCACGGGGCUUGUACCAGGAACUGGAGCACAAAGGCAGACUGGAGGACUUGGGCACAGCCCUGCACCGCCUGUCCACAGAAGAAAACUCCAAGAACAGCCAGAUCUUCCAUGAGAAGAUGGCCAUUGAUGCGCAGACACUCAAGAAGAAGAUCAGCAGGACAUGCGACGAGGCAGCCCGUACUGUCCUCAACAGCCUCCUGCUUUACAUCUUGGACCGUGCGGACGGGCCCCAGAAGGCAGAAAACAGAGCAACCAGGGUCAGCCGCCCAUCCCAGCUCCAGGAGGCGGGCCGGAGACCCACGCGGUUCCAGCUUCUACAGGCUAAGUUCAUGGGCACAGGCCGGGAACCCCACCUCAAGAAGACCCGGGAAGUGGGCCGGCUGAUCUCCAAGGACAAGCAAGGGCCGGGCAGGAGUUUUGUAAAUGCCACUAUCAACAAGCUCCUAGAAAAGACCAAGGAAGGAGCCAACGGGGCCAGCCAGAGGACCCCAAGCAGUGAGAAGCCCCGGUGGAGCCCCACGAGUGGGAAGAGCACCGUGAAAAAUAUCCUAAAGAAGUUCUUGGCUGCAGAAGAGAAGGAAGCUAAGGAGAAAGAGGCGCGAGAGAAACCCCCUGCCCAGCGGCCCGGCGCUGCCAGGGGCCUCCUGCCGCGAAUCGUGGGCCGGAGCUCCAUCCUCUCCAAGCUGAGAGAAAGAUUUGAACAGAGUGGCCGCCUGCACUCGGAGGCUGGUGUGCUGCCCCUGCACAGGGAAGGACGGAAGAGCAAGAGCCUACAGAAGAAGAAAGUGCACAGGCCACAAGUGAGGGUGCUCCACGUGGCCACCAUGGCUACCAGCUGUACCAGAACUCCCCCGGCCCGGUUCCUGGCCUGCACAGCCGAGCCCCUGCCAGCCCUCAGCAUCGCCACCGUUGUCUGCGGUCCCCAGAGCUGGCUGUCCCACUGUGCAAAGCUUAGUCACUCGGAGUCCAGACGUUGGCCCGGUGGAGAAACCAUCAUGUCCUCCAACUCAGAAAGCCUGGAAACCGGAGGAAACGAAUCCAAAGAACUCAUGAAUGAGGAGCACAAGGAACAACUCAAGUCCUCGGUGUCCCAGGCAGCGGCUCCUGUGGGUAGUCACGUGGCUGUGAACGUGGGUUUCUCAGGCAUGUCUACCAAAGGCCAAGACCUGUCUGGCCAUGCACCAGUGUUGUCCCCACUUGGACUGGACAGCCCCAGAGAUACUGGGGUAGUCAAGAAGGACAGAAGAGCAGAGCCCAAUACACAGGAGGUGGCACCUGACACCCAGGAAGUGAAGGAUAGCACAAGAGAGGCCCCUGAAAUCACCAUGACUGUGUGCAGCUCUGAGGAUGAGGCAGAAAGGACACCUUCAGGCCCAGAAAGAGAGCCCUUCUUUGCCAUCCAGAGGCACCUUCUGGAACAGGAGGCAGUGGCACAGAUCCCCCUCCUAGCCCCUUUAGCAGUCCAGGCUGAGCGGCGAGCUCAGCCUGCCAUCAAGCCUCCACAGAUAACAGUACAGCUUCCCGUUGUUCACGAAAUGCCAGCCUCUCCCGGCCCUCUGCAACAUGCAGCACGUCGUGAAGACGAUUGUUCUCAAGUUUUGAGACGAGAGGAUGGGACUGAAAAUAAACAAGCCGCAUUUUCCACUGGGGCUGAGGAUAGGAGGGGUUACCAAACCCCUACAGCACUGAGUAAACCCCAUGGAAUGCCAGUGAGUCUCCAGCCUGCAGCAGAAGGUGGACUCCAGGGAGACAUAAGAGAUGACACCCACGUGGUUGGUGAUGCCUCACAGAUGUUCCCAAUUCCAAUCCCUUCAAAAACAUUUCCUGGUGGAACAGAGAAAAAACACAGCCCCGAGAACUCACGUGACCUCAGGAACUGCAGUGGCACUUCGGAAGAGUGUAUCUCUGACCUCACCUGGGAAAGGCAUCUGUGUCCAGAAUCCAAUGAGGCCCCUCCAGACAGCAAUGGCACCUCAAGUCAUCCCACUGUUGGGAGACGCUGUGCAGAAGUGGGCACCAGCUCGGCCACUGGCCUCCAGCAAGGGGUAUCCCCCACAGUGCAGGUGCCACCCCAGGGCUGCGUAAGGCCUGGGAGUUCUAUAGCGUCAGGCAAAAACAUCCAGUUUGGGCAGGAAGAGUGCAAAGGGCCCCUGAACGAGUCGGCUUCACCCCCAAGCAUCGCUCAGGAAAACGUCAGCCAUGAUUUGGGCAACGACAGCCAGUCCACGUUCGAUACUGCAAGUAUCCGAGUCUCUGGAGAGGCGACAGUCACUGGUCUCACAGUGCCGCAGCCAAGUAGUACCCAGAACCCUGAAUACAGGGUAACAGCACGGCCAUCUGGUGCUCAGGACGCCGAACACAAGAUAACGCCACAUAAGGGUGAUUCCAAGGAUGCUGAACACAAGAAAACGCCGCAGACCAGCGGUGCCCAAGAUGUUAAACACAAGCAGAUGUCAUGGGCAAGGGACACCCAGAACAAUGCACACAAGCUGACACUACAGCCACGUGUUUCCCAGGAUGUUGAACCCACGAUAACACCAGGUCUAGGUGCUUCCCAAGAGCCCAAACACAAGGUAGCACUGGGGCCAGGUGGUACCCAGAAUGCUGAGCACAAGACAGCACCACAGCAAGAUAGAACCCAAGACACUAAACGGGUGACACCAUGGCCAGGUGGUACCCAGGAUAACGAACAAAAGAUAACGCCACACGGUGCCCAGGACCCUGAACAUAAGGCGGUGUCACAGACCAGUGAUACCCAAGAUGCUGAACACAAAACAGCCAUAUGGACAGGUGAUGCCCACAACCCUAGACAGAAGGCAACAUCACAGCCAGGCGGUACCCAGGAUGCUAAAUACAAGAUAAUGCCACAAGCAGGUGGUACCCAAGACACUGGACACAAGAUGUCAGCACGAGUCGGUGAUGGCCAGGACGGUGGACAUGGGCCUGAACACAAGACAACACCAUGGUCAGGUAGUAUCCAGGACUACAGAGACAAGGUAACACAAAACGCCGGCAGCCAUCCUUUGGUAUCAAGCAGGUCCUCGAAGGACGAGUGCAGAGCCACUGAAGGAAGCAUCUCAGAAGACACGGUGCAGAGCCUAAUGUCGGCAGCCCCGGCUGCUCAGCCGGGGGAAGCUGCAGAUUCUUGCCUGGUGCCCAUUAAGUCUCCACCGUGUGUUUCAAGUGAGCCAGCGCUGAGAAAAAGCAGUUGGGGUACAGAGAACAAAUUGACAGCCAUGCAAAGCAUAGCAUCCCCAAGGCCACAAAAGAGCCCAGCAGAGCAUCUGGGCCACUCACAACCACCCUCUGUGGGCCUACAGGCACUGGACGGAAAGCAUCCUGAGAGAGAACAACACUUCUCUGGUGCACCACAUUCCUCUACAUAUCCUCUGAGGCCAGCCGCAAAGGGAGAGACCAGGCAGGUGGAGCCAGCCUAUGGUCCAGAACCUCCUGUGCCUACCCAGAAGGCAGAGCAUAGGUCUGCCCCUCCUCAGACAAAAAGCUUGGGGAGUGAAGCCAAAGAGAGUCUACCAACACAGGGGGACACGGGCCGGCUGCAGGGUCGCCUUGGACCAGAGGAAACUGGUACGGGGCAUGCAGGAUUACACCAAACGGGACAGUCAGAUGUGCUGUGUGUGGCAGAGCCCGAAAACCUGCCAGUGGAACAGAAUCCCUGCUGGCAUGGGGACAGGGAUCAGGAGCAUCCCCUGAGGCCACUGGGCAGGCAGGAAAGGAGCCCAGCUCAAGGAGACAACCUUCAGGAUGAUGAGAACCUAGCCACCCCAGGGAACCCUAGGAAGCCUUGUGCCCUGACUAUGCAGAAAAGGACCCAGCGUCAGGCACAGGCCAGCCAGCCAGUACCUCAGGCCCGGGGACAGCCUGACAGCAUGCCUGAAGAAGAACUGACUGCUGGCACACGUGAGGAGCCUCCAAGUCUGGGCCCCACUCCUGGCCAUCAGCAAAGCCCAGGUGCCCUGCACCUGCCCCAAGAAGGCCAGUCCCUGGCUAGUAGCAGGGCCACAGUCUGCUCCCUUGACACAGCAGAUGACUCUUCCUGGCUCACCUCGAAUGCUGGGGGCCACCCGCUCUUCCAAACCCUUGCCCAGGAUGAGCCCCCAGAUGCCCCUAGGGCAGAAAAGGACCUAUCAGACCAUAGGCAUCGCAGGUCGGUGCAAUUUGCAAAAUACCGUGCCCAGAGCUUCUGUGACCAGAAAGCCUUUGAUCUGUCCUUUAGGCCCAGAGUCCUCAGGGCCAGUGAUACUUUUGAGCCCCCAAAGUGAGGACUCACUUGGAGCCAACACGCUUGUCUCUGAAUGAACAUGACUUUGAGCGUCCCCUACAUAGAAAAAGGUAGACAUUAGUGUCUCUCAUUUCCUCUCACUUGACAUGAACUAGUCCUGGGAAUGCCCAUGUUAGAAGCCAGACUUCUUAAAAUGAGGGAGGUGUUAGCUAUCCAAGGCUGGCUGGCUGUGGCCCACAUGUUUCACGGGUCCUCGUGAUGUCUGACCAGCACUGUGAGGUGGAGGACACAGAGAACCCACUCCUGUCUUGGCAGAGAAGAGAUCAGAGCCGUGGGCUGCCUACUGGUCCUCUGCUCCCCAGAGCUUCCCCGCCAUGCU